UGGCAUGAUAAUUAAAUAACAUUAAGGUGGGUAGUUUAAAAACAUUAGAUACAUUUGUAUUUGGGUUACUGAUGAUUUAAAUAAUUUAAUCCAAAGAAGUUUGCAUUCACAAGUAAGUAAGAAAUACAUCCAAGCAAAGUUUAUACUUUUCAAACACAGAUUUCAUGAAACAUGGAUGUUGAUAGAUUUAAAACUUACAACUUGAAAGUUCUAAAAACUAUUGGAAAAGGGACUUAUGGGUAAGUGACUACAAAUAACUAGAGAUAAAUCUUUUUGUGCUUAUUUGUUACUUUUUUAUUAACUUCAUAAUUUUGGAGAACAAUUUUUCACCCUUGUUUCAGAGAUGUUUAUUUGUGUGAAAAUCGUUUGAAUAACAAUUUAAGUAUUGUCAAAGACAUCGAGUUGAAUGUGAAAAUUCAGGAUCAUAAACAGGAAAUCGCAAAUGAAGUGAAUAUUCUAUCUGCAAUGAAUCAUCCAAAUAUAGUAAAAUUCUAUGAUUGUUAUUAUACAGAGAGCCAUGUAAUGAUCAGUAUGGAGUAUGCAAUAAGUGGAAAUUUAGCAGAGUACAUGUAUCAGCGGUACCCGAAAUUAAUAAAAGAGCAGGCAAGUUGAAUCAUGCUCCCAUUUCCAAGCCUAAAUAUUUUAAGCCAUAAGCAACCAAUAGAGUCAUGUUUCCCUGCAAAGGUUGCGGAGGAAAUACUUUUUUAUUUCUGCCAAAUAUUGCUGGGAGUAAAUUAUAUCCAUAACUUGCAUAUAAUACACAGGGAUUUGAAAGCUGAGAAUAUUUUGCUUACUGGAAAAAAUGGAGUUCUAGUUAAAAUCGGCGAUUUUGGUAUUUCGAAGAUGCUUGCCAGUGCUAAGAAAACCUCUACGGUAAUUGGUACUCCUUACUAUUUGGCUCCAGAGCUAUGUGAAGGCAAGCCUUAUGACACUAAAAGCGAUGUGUGGGCUCUUGGGUGUUUGCUGUAUGAAAUGUGCACUCAUAAGAGAGCUUUCAAUGCAGAGACACUAGUUGGUUUGGUAAAAGCCAUAACUUGCGGCAGCGUGCACCCAAUAGAAUUAGCCAUAUACAGUCGAGGAAUGCAGGAUCUUAUAGACGCUAUGCUCUCCAUCUUGCCAGACAAAAGACCUCCCAUAAAAGAUCUUAUGGGCCGUAUGGUUCUUUUGCCCGCUGUAUAUUCUGUAUUCUUAGAUGCUGGGAAUGAGGACUUAUUGUUUUUAAAGGCAACUGAAGAAUUUCUAGGAGCGGUAAAGCAAGAAAUAUAACAGAAAAAAAACAUAAAGCAAAAGUGAACACGAAUUUAGAACAUAAAUCAUUUAGAAAAUGAAGUACAGAUUUAAUUUAAUAAAUAGCGACUAAGUAUAAUGAUUGAUUUGAUAGUGUUGUAAUUGAUGAUGAUUCAAUUGAUUUGACUUCAAAUAAAACAAUGACAUAAAUGUAA